AUGACAAUGGGGGAGAAGACAAAGAGAAAGAAGGUGGGCGAGGAGGGAGAGAAGAAGGAGGUGGAGAAGAAGAAGGUGCUGGUGGAGCAGGAGGAGGAGAAGAAGGGCAGGGGUGGUGCUGAUGGAACGGUGCCCCGGAGGAGCAAGGCCGGACCCCGCGCACCGACAUGGGCGAACGCGGAUAAGCUGGAGGAAAAGAAGCAGGCCACCAACAAGGAGAAGAACAACAGCAACGGGUCACGGAGGCCAACAAAAGGGUCGUGCACGUUUGUCGUUGUGGUGGCGUUUUCGAGCACAAUGGUGUCUGCUCUGGGCUGCCGCGUUUUCGUGCGGGUCUGGAUGAAGGCUGCCGGGGGUCCGGCACGGCAAUGUCUUGGCCUGCAUGCUUGGGUCUCGGGGAGUAGUCGCGGGCAGACCCCGCCCGCCCUCUUUGCUGAAACACCAGCUGCGUGCCCUUGA